UCAGUUGUUACGCGGAGCGCAUACUGUUUACUUCGUGUAUCAUUUUGCUUUAAAAAAAAAAGAAAAAAAAAACCAAAUUUUUUCCACUAGUGAAUUUUUGUGUAUUAAAAAAAAAAAUUCUGUGAUUUCUCAUCAUUUUCGAUAAAUUUUAUUCAACACAUAAAGGAAACAAAAAUUGUUCAUUUAAACAUUUAUUUUAACAGGAGUUUGAAUGAAAAUUGCCUUGAGAAGUGGUCCGUUCAUUAUUGGAUUCGUAUUGUUAAUUUUAACCAAUGGAAAAUAAAUAUGAAAUAUAAACAAAACGAACAGUGUUUUUCAAGUGUCAAUUUAAUUUCGGGACAUUAAUUUAUAUAUUUGAAUAAUAAAAGUGAAAGUUUUAUAUUGUGAAAUUUGUGCCUGUGAUUGUUUUUUGGAAAACAAAAAAGGAGUACAGUAUUUUUUUAAACUGUGGUUCACCGGAAGCCGCUAUAUUGGAGAGGAAGAGGGAAAGCGGCGUGCCGCUGUUUUGUGUGCCGCGACAGAGGCGCUCGUCACAGUCAGAAAACAAUGACGAGAUGAUUGCAAGUCUACCGGUGAACGGUGGAGGUGGCAAUGGAGGGCCAAUGAGUCGUGUAGGACGAGGAUUGGCCCUUCAUAGAUCAAAUUCCAGUUUGGAAUUGCCACACAGCCCUGAUCCUGGUUCGAGAAUACCGGAAACACCACUGAGAAGAGAAUAUGGUUCUCAUGGAAGUAUUGAUGUGGUGGCACAAUCAGUAUCAGUUGGUGACAAUCUUUUUGCAAUGCUUCAAGAUUUUCGACCAUCCGAACAACGUAGUCCAUCGUCAUCGGAUUUUAUACGACGCGUACAAGAUAUUCAAUCGCCUGACGCUGACGAAGUUUGUGGACCAACGGGAAAUAGUCCAAAAUUACGAUUAAAAUUAAAUCGAUUAUGGGGUGGAAAACCGCCAAGAGGAGGAACAGAGGAAACAUGUACAAGUCCAGUGAUAUCGGCCGAUGUUGAAGAAAGACAUAGAAGACGUGCAUUUGCUCAUUAUGAUUGUCAUUCAUUUACUGCCAAUUUAGGAUAUGCCGCAAAAUUACGUGGUAUACUUUUAGCAAGAAGAAGAAAUACAGCCACUGGAGCAUCAGCAGCAAGUUCAUUGCGAUCAUCAACUCCCGAUGAGGCACCCGAAGAAGAUGCUGGCGAUGGAAAAGGUAACGAUUUACUUGAAUCGUGUCCAUUCUUUCGUAAUGAAACUGGCGGAGAGGGCGAGAGAGAAGUUGGAUUAACUCGAUGUCCAAAUACAAAUGGAAUUCACAGGCCACCCAUGGCCUAUGGUGUUUCUGUCUUAGAGCCACCACCUGGAGAAACUCUAUGGAAACAUAUUUGUCCUCUCCAAAAAAGGCUUAUGCCAAUUGAGAGCGUUGACGAUGGUGCUUACUAUUAUCGUCGAUAUUUUCUUGGUCAAGAACAUCAGAACUGGUUUGGAAUGGAUGAGCAACUUGGUCCAGUGGCAAUUAGUAUUCGUAAAGAUGGAACGCAAUAUCGAAUAAUUGUUCGUACCACUGAAUUAUUAACAUUGCGAGGAACAAUUCCUGAGGAGGCUCUUGGAAUAAGACAACAGGGGAAAAUACCAACGAGAGAACUUUUAGAAUUGGUUGCACCUGAAGUUCAAAUGAAUUGCCUGAGACUUGGAACACCAACCUCUGAGCCGGAAGUUGCCAAUGUCGAUGAACAUGGUCUAACUAGUAGAUAUAAAAUCGGUAUUCUUUAUUGUCGUGCAGGACAAAGAACCGAGGAGGAAAUGUACAAUAAUCAACAUGCUGGACCUGCAUUUCUUGAAUUUUUAGACACUAUUGGCCAAAGAGUAAGACUACGAGGUUACGAGGGUUUUAAAGCGGGUCUUGACACGAGAACAGACUCAACUGGAACUCACGCGGUCGUUGCAAAUCACCGUGGAGCGGAAGUUACUUUUCACGUUUCCACAAUGUUGCCCUUCACGCCAAACAAUAGACAGCAGCUGCUACGAAAAAGACACAUUGGAAACGAUAUAGUCACAAUAGUUUUUCAAGAACCCGGAGCAUUGCCUUUCAGUCCACGUAGAAUACGUUCACAAUUUCAACAUGUUUUUAUAAUUGUACGUGUAACAAAUCCAUGCUCGGAAAAUACUCAAUAUACAGUUGCAAUAUCGAGAAAUAAAGAGGUACCAAUUUUUGGUCCACCUGUUCCUGUUGGUGCAUCAUUUCCCAAAGGAAAGUCAUUCGCUGAUUUUAUUCUUGCAAAAGCAAUUAAUGGUGAAAAUGCAGCGCACAAAGUGGAAAAAUUUGCGACAAUGGCAACGAGAACAAGAUUGGAAUACUUGAGAAAUUUAGCAACGAAAUAUUCAUCUUCAACGAUUGUUGACACUGGACAGAAAUUUUCAAUGCUUUCAUUUAGUAGUAAAAAGAAAGCAAUUGUACGACCUCGUUUGCCUUGUGAUGCCUCACAACGUGGAGCAAUAUGCUGGCAAGUUAUUCUGGAAGACAGUAAUCAAAGUACCGAUUGUUAUCUUGGCAUAAGUAUCGAUUCAAUUGUACUUGUUGAAGAACAUUCGCGACAAAUAGUCUUUGUUACACCGUGCGUGGGUGUUCUUGGAUGGCACGCGCAAACUAAUAGUUUGAGACUUUAUUAUCAUCAAGGUGAAUGUAUCACGAUUCAUGUACGUGGUGAUUGUGGUGAACGUGACGAAUUAAUGGAAAUUGUCGCGCGCCUUCGUGCAGUGACACAAGGAUCGCCAGCCUCGGAACUCUCAUUAAAGAGAAAUAAUUUGGGACAAUUGGGAUUUCACGUUCAGCCAGACGGUGUUGUUACACAAGUGGAAGGUAUGGGAUUCGCAUGGCAAGCCGGUCUCAGACAGGGAUCAAGACUCGUGGAAAUUUGCAAGGUCGCCGUUUCCACUUUGAGUCACGAUCAAAUGGUUGAUCUUUUAAAAACAAGCCUUCAAGUCACCGUCACAGUUAUUCCACCGUCAAGUGAUGGAAAUCCACGAAGGGGCUGCACUUUACAGAAAUGUCAAUAUUUGUCGGGGAAUUAUGAGGGUGAAUACGAGAAUGUAACAACAACAGAAAAUACAACACCCACACAGCAGACAAGUGUCGCUCAGCAGAAAAGGUACGAUAGGUCGUUCAGCCCGCCGAGAUCGAGCAAUAGCUCUGGGUAUGGGACCGGUUCAAGUUCGAGGUCGUUCAACGAUCCACGAUUUCCCCUGGAGGGAACCAUGACCAGCAGCAGCAGUGGACACAGUGACGAUCGAUGGUAUGAAUUGCUGGAGCCACAAGAUCAGGAUCAUCGUCGUGACGAGACUCCACCUCCUUUGCCAGCACGGCAAAAUUAUCAAGUGGGCACUUCAAAAGGUAUUCAAAAAAAAGACAGAGAAUCUCAUUAUACAACGGGAAAACAAUUUCUCGAUUCUGUGAGACAUCAUAAUCAUGAAAAUUUUUUAAAAGAAUCAAAUUACGUUUCGCCACGUGUUCUUCAUGAUAAUAUAAGACAGGAAAAUUAUCAUCGCAGUCCUGAAAUUCGUAAUCAAGAUCAUCGUAGUCCCGAUAUUCGUAAUGAACAAAAAAAUCACGAUCAUCGUAUUUAUGAGGCACGCAAUCAUGAUCAUCGAAAUCAAGAAAUUCGUAAUUCAGACCAUAUUUCACAAAGUUAUGUGAAACAACAAAAAGAAAAAUAUGAACAUAAAGAAAGUCUUUAUGCAUCGCAACGUGAAAUUCAUAAAAAUGAAUUGCAUUCACAUCAAAAAUUAGGAGCCACAACGUCAUUGCCAUUAACACAAAAUACAGGUUACAGUGUUGCAAAAUCAAAUAGCAAUAAUAAUUUAAUUCGUUAUGAUUAUAAUGAAUAUGAAACUAAAUCCGAUCGUAAUUCAAAAUAUGAAAUUUAUGAUGAAAAACGUACAAAACAAAUUGAUGACGAUGUGAGAAGAGAAAAACGAGCUGGUUAUGAUUUUGAUGAAACAUACGAGAGAAGAGGCAGUAAAUAUGAAACUGAUUUAAUUAGAAAUGAAUUGAGAUUGGAACAAAAUACAGAGGGAAAACAUGAGGAUCAUAAACGAUAUCAAGAUAUACAUGAAUUUAAAGUUGGCGAUAAAGUCACUUGCUUAAAAACAACAAUGUCCGAACGACCAGUUCCACAUAAAGUGUGCAUCGAGUACAGACCAAAGGAUUUUAUCACAAGUCUACCAUCCGAAAUGAGAGUAAACGAUGGUAAUGCAACGGACAUAUCAACACUUCCAAGUGAAGAUGAAUUAUCAAAUGGCUCGGGAAAUGUUUCGCCAAGAAUGCGACGUGCUAAUAAUAAACAUAGAACGGGAAAUUUAACACCAUCGAGCUGUGAUUCAAGAAAUCAAAGUCCACGACCAAAACCCGGUGCAAGAAAUUCAUAUAGAAAUUCAGCAAAUUUAACAUCAAGUACACUUCAAGAGGAUCUUAUGAAAUUAAUAAAUCCCGAUUUUAUUUCAGACGAUAGUCAAAUGAUAAAUAAUAAUUUUCCAAUUAAUAAUCAAAAUACAAAUAAAGUGAAUAAUAAUAUUCUUGAAAUACAAAAUAGAUGUAGAUCAAGGGAGAAUUUAUGUGGUAAUAGUACAUCAACAUUGAGCGUUUUAGAAAGAAAUGGACAGGAAAAUGGAAAUAAUCAAUCAGAAGUUAUUCUCACAAUGGCAAGACCAGCGACUGUUAUUUCAAAUGCAAGCACAGCGUCAAGUCCCGCGCCAAGUGAAAAUAAAAUGACAAAAGAAGAAAGACUAUCGCCAAGAGUGACAAAAACUCCACACACGAUAACAAAACCACCGAGCACUUUAGCUGCUAUAAGAGAUGCAAAAAUACAAUUGGAAAAUGAAGCAAACGGUUGGCCCAAUAAUUUGGAAUCCAAAGUAACAAAACAUUGUCAGGAUUGGCCCGAGGAGAGAAUUGUUGAUGGCAACACUUCCACAAAUGCAGUUUCCGAUUUACAUAGUCAUUUGUCAACUUUGGAAUUGCGAAUGGCAAGGGAAACUCGUCGACGUCUCUCUUUAGAAGACGAGGUACGACGAUUACGCGACGAAAAUCGCAGACUCCAAGACGAAAGUCACGCGGCUGCUCAACAAUUACGACUUUUCACUGAAUGGUUCUUUCAAAAUAUAGAUCAUCAAUAAAAAAACAAUACUCUCGUAGAAUUUAUCAAAUUAGUAAUAGGCUUACAAAUUUUUUUUUUAAACUCUCUUUAUCUCAUUUCUGAGUUUAUUAUUUCAGAAAAUAUAAAUUAGAAUAAAUUCCCCAUUAUAAAAAUGGUAAUUCUUAAAUUACCAAAAAAUAAAAUUUAAUUACCGAAUUGUCCUCGAGAAUAUUAAAAAUAAAAGAGGUACCAAAAAAAUAGGUAAAAAUUCAUAUUUUCAAAAAAAAAAAAAGUAUUUCGAUACAGUAUUAGUUUUAUUUUCCAAAAUAGAAUAAAAAAAAAAUAACUUAAAAACUGAAAUUUUUUUUUUACAAAAAGAAACAUAUUGUUUCUUAGACACGUAUAAUAAUCGUAUAAAAUAAGUUACCCAUAUCGUAUAAUUCGUGUUUUAAUUACUGUAAAAAAUUAUUGACACGAAUGAAUAUUUUUCUUAACGAAAAAUAAUUUCAAUUUUUUAAACUUUAAAACAUAAAGAGAGACAAAUGACCAAAUAUUAUUGUUAUCAUAUAUAUCAUUUU